CUGUUUAACUCCGAGGAACCAGCGAGACGAGUUUCAAGAUGCACGAAGCUUACGAGCCUGUGCCCAUUUUAGAAAAGCUUCCUCUUCAGAUCGACUGUUUUGCUGCUUGGGAGGACUGGCUGCUUGUUGGGACAAAGCCCGGACAUCUCCUCCUCUACAGAAUAAAGAAAGAUGCGGCCACCAACCGGUUUGAAGUGACUUUAGAAAAAUCCAACAAAAACUUUUCAAAGAAAAUACAGCAGCUUUACGUCGUCUCGCAGUACAAAAUUCUUGUCAGUCUUCUGGAGAACAACAUCCACGUCCAUGACCUGCUGACUUUUCAGCAGAUCACUGUGGUGUCUAAAGCCAAAGGAGCCACUCUCUUUGCUUGUGACUUACAGCAAACCGGCCCAGGAGAGGAAAGGCUCAGAAUGUGUGUGGCAGUGAAAAAGAAACUCCAGCUGUAUUACUGGAAGGACAGAGAGUUUCAUGAGCUGCAGGGUGACUUGGCUGUGCCUGAUAUCCCCAAGUCCAUGGCUUGGUGUGAAAAUUCCAUAUGUGUGGGUUUCAAACGAGACUAUUACCUCAUUCGGAUGGAUGGCCGUGGCAGCAUUAAGGAGCUCUUCCCCACUGGGAAGCAGUUGGAACCUCUGGUUGCCCCACUGGCUGAUGGGAAGGUGGCUGUAGGGCAGGAUGACCUGACUGUGGUACUGAAUGAAGAAGGAACUUGCACCCAGAAAUGCGCCCUGAACUGGACAGACAUCCCCAUUACUAUGGAGCACCAGCCUCCCUACAUCAUCGCAGUUCUUCCGAGGUACGUGGAGAUCCGGACCUUUGAGCCCAGACUGUUGGUGCAGAGUGUGGAGCUGCAGAGACCACGCUUCAUCACCUCAGCAGGACCUAAUGUUUUGUAUGUAGCCAGCAACCACUUUGUUUGGCGCCUGGUGCCCGUGUCGAUAGCCAGCCAGAUCCGGCAGCUCCUUCAGGACAAAGAGUUUGAGCUGGCUCUUCAGCUGGCGAAGAUGAAGGAUGACUCGGAUGGUGAUAAGAAGCAGCAGAUACAUCGCAUCCAGAAUCUGUACGCCUUUAAUCUGUUUUGCCAGAAGAGAUUUGAUGAUUCUAUGCAGGUGUUUGCCAAACUUGGCACAGAUCCCACACAUGUGAUCGGACUUUACCCAGACUUACUCCCAUCAGAUUAUCGCAAACAGCUGCAGUACCCCAACCCUCUGCCUACGUUAUCCAGCGCCGAGCUGGAGAGGGCUCAUCUCGCUCUCAUCGAUUACCUUACUCAGAAACGCAGCCAUCUUGUGAAACAACUGAACGACUCCGACCCUUCAACAACAUCUCCUCUCAUGGAGGGAACACCCACCAUCAAAAGUCGCAAGAAACUCCUUCAGAUCAUUGAUACUACACUGCUGAAAUGUUACCUGCAUACCAACGUGGCCCUCGUCUCCCCUCUCCUUCGUUUGGAGAACAACCACUGCCACAUCGAGGAGAGCGAGUAUGUUCUGAAGAAGGCGCACAAGUACAGCGAGCUCAUUAUUCUCUAUGAAAAGAAAGGCCUGCACCAGAAGGCUCUGCAGGUGCUGCUGGACCAGUCGACCAAGGCCAACUCUCCACUGAAGGGUCAUGAGCGAACAGUGCAGUACCUCCAAAGACUUGGAGUGGAGAAUCUGGGCAUAAUCUUUGAGUUUUGUCCCUGGGUGUUGAAGACUUGUCCUGAAGAUGGCUUGAAGAUCUUCACCGAAGAUCUGCCUGAGGUGGAGAUGUUGCCCAGAGACCAGGUGCUGCAGUUCCUGAAAAAGGGCUUCGAGGAGCUUGCGAUCCCGUAUUUAGAGCACAUCAUUUAUGUGUGGGAUGAACAGGGCCCCGAGUUUCAUAAUGUGCUAAUUCAGCUCUAUUUAGGCAGGGUUCAGCACCUCAUGAAACUCUACCUCAAAUCACUGCCAGAAGGGGUUCCUGCUGUUCCUGCAGGCCAGGAGAAAGGGGAACUGGGAGAGUUCAGAAACAAACUCUUGUCUUUUCUGGAGAUUUCCACCAGCUAUGAACCUGCCAGACUCAUCAGUGACUUUCCAUUUGAUGGGUUGCUGGAGGAACGAGCUCUGCUUCUGGGGCGCAUGGGUAAACACGAGCAGGCGCUCUUCAUCUAUGUCCACGUCCUGAAAGACACGCGCAUGGCUGAAGAAUACUGUCACCGACAUUACAACAGUCUGGUUGAAGGAAAUAAAGAUGUGUAUCUGUCUCUGCUGAGGAUGUACCUGUCACCUCCUGAUGCCCACUGCUUGGGCCCCAUCAAGAUGGAGCUUUCUGAGCCUCAGGCCAACCUGCAGGCGGCUCUGCAGGUCCUGGAGCUGCACCACAGUAAACUGAACACCACCAAGGCCAUCAAUCUGCUCCCAGCAAACACUCAAAUCCGAGAAAUCCGGGUGUUCUUGGAGAGCGUCCUGGAGGAGAAGGCUCAGAGAAAACGCUGCAACCAGGUGCUGAAGAGUCUGCUGCAGGCGGAGUUCCUCAGGGUGCAGGAGGAGCGAAUCUUCCAUCAGCAGAUUAAAUGUGUCAUUACAGAAGAAAAGACCUGCAGAGUCUGUAAAAAGAAAAUAGGAAACAGUGCAUUUGCCAGGUAUCCUAAUGGUGUGGUGGUACAUUAUUUCUGCUGCAAAGAUCGCAGUGUUUGUCCCACAGAGCAGUAAACUCUUCUCUUCACACUCCAACUAAUCUGCUUCCUCGCCCUUCGUGGACUUCACCACUCGGACCUUUUUGAAGUAGCAAUGCAACCGAAGGGUGUCGGAGCUCAGAACCGGCACCGUGCAUCCUGAGCACCUUGUAGCGCUUCUUAACCCGAGGUCGUCUUUGUGCUUGUGGCACAGAGCAGCUGGACGGCUGAGACUUCCUCUCUGCAUGAGCAAACUGUGGAAGAAAUGAAGAGGCAGUCGUUACUGCGACGUUAGAGGGGACUUGCUGCCUUACUGUAAAACACAGCGGUCAGUGGGAGCUGUGGUGAUGGUCAGACUGGUGAGCCUCAGAGCACACGUUGAUACGCCGCACUGACUGCAGGUGUCCUGUUAAAUGCCUUCUCUGACUCUGAACUUUGUGAAGCCACAUGUCCUCCUGACUUUUUGUUACAUAAUACUGAUCGUGUUUCUUCAUAUGUUAGGUAUUUUUCCUUUGUCU